UGCAUUGAUCGUUAAUUUCAGGAAGAGAAUUCAUCAUCACACAGAAACAGAGGCUGGAAUUUGACCAUGAAAUUUUUGAGAGCUAUUUUAUCGCUUAAGCACCUUGGAAAUAGUCGAGGAACAGUCAAACCUUCUCUUCCUCGCAUCACUGGUGUCGUUUCAAGUUUGAAACCUCGCGGUUAAACUCGACGGGAACUUGCAGCUACACAUGCCAUGUUCAGGAUACGCUGUCGCACGUACUUAAGGGCUUUUACCAUAGCAGCUUGGCUUAAGAGCGAAAGAGGAAGGAAAAAGUCGAUGAAGCAGACGAAGCGGUCGACGUGGGUCGAGUAUUACCGGGAUGUGGCAUUCUGCGUCUCCAUGAGGUCAAAAGACCCGAGCCUACAGGUGGGAUGCGUUAUUGUGCAUCCAAAAUCACUCAGGAUCUUGAGCGCUGGGUACAAUGGAUUUCCUCCCGGAACUCCAAACAAGGACGAAAACUGGAGAAAAGGUGAAAAAGAUGAUCUUGUCGUCCACGCGGAGGCCAACACUGUGCUCCUGGCAGGCCAAGCUGAUCUUGAAGGUUCAAUUGCCUUCGUUACAAUGUAUCCCUGUCGGGAGUGUGCGAAAAUGUUAAUAGCGAAGGGUGUCCGUAAGGUUUAUUAUCUUUCAUUAAAAAAAAAAAUACCAAAACUCAGUUCCCCAGUUCGAGGGAAUAUGCCAGGUGAAAGAAUAAAAACAAUGAUAAGUAACUGCAUAACUGGGAAUUUAGCAGGUGGAAAUUACACCAGGUGGCUCUUCUUUUCAACUGUUCCAGAUCGAUUUGGAAUUUGGAUUUUAAUUAAGAGCAGAAUCGCAUUGAUCUACUUUAGACCCAUAAAGCGAAGUAAGAAUACAACGCUGGAAGACUACGGGAAUCACCUGAUCCAGAAGGUAAGCUUCGUAAGGCAACAGAACACGACACCGGGUGAACCAAAUGGUGCCUAUAAAGCCUUGUGGGACAGCACGGAAGAACUAAGGAGCAGCGAUCUACAAAGUCCAUGGCCGAGAGAGUUAAUGGGCAAGAUCUUACUGGACAAAUGGACAGACUAUUUUCUGUUCUUGGCUCUCAUUGCCAGCACAAGAUCUUUGGAAAACCCUCAAGGAGCAAUCUUGAUAGAUUCUAAAACCUUAAAGAUAUCGGCGUUAUCGUACAACGGAUAUCCGAGAGGUGUCAGCAACGAUAACGCUGAUGACUGGAUGAAAUUGUCUGCGUUAACAAACGCCAUUUGUCUUCGAUUCAGCGAAGGACACGAUUUUUUCGCAUUUUCAACUCAGUUCCCAAAGCUUCAUGAAGUAAAAAAUCUUGCACAGGCCAAAAUAAAGAGAUUGUACUUUAUAUGGCCAAAGGCUCUUGAAGAAGACGACGAAAAGGCGGUGCAAAUUAUGAAAGACUCUGGAAUGAAAGUUGUGCCAAUGGAUCCUGAUUUCGAAAAACUAGGAGAGGCCAUAAAACACACCAUUGGAAGCCUGAAGGAGGCAGAGAAAGGGCUUUCCUCCGAUGAUUGGCCAAGUUACACUUGGACCGAGUAUGACUUACAACCAGAACGACGCCAUUGGAAGCCUAAACAAACCCCGGAAGCUCGGACAUGCAGUGGAGCUCAUAGCACAUACCUUAAUGAUUCGAUUUAG